AUGGAUUUUUUCAACAAGGCUGCAUCCCUUGUUAGCGCCGCUACGGAGAAGAAAGAGGAAGCAGCGCCCGCAGCCGCUCCUGCAGCCGCGCCCGCAGCCGAGGGCUUGAGCAUCGGUGGCAUCUCGCUGCAGGAUGCAGCUGGUUAUGUCGAAAAGGCGAAAGCAGCGGUAGCUGUUGCACAAUGCAACGAGGCGGUGAAAAAGGCUGGUUUUGACGAUGAAGCCAAGAUGCUCGGGGAUCUCCUCAGUAAAGCUGAGACGGUAAGUAGCACGAUUCCUCAGUAG